AUGGCCGAAAUGGCGAAGACUGGCGUGUCUCUGCCAAUCAGCAGCUACCGUGGUCCAGAUGUGAACUUGCCGUGGAUGGUACCAAACCUUCCGGUCGACUUACAGCUGGAAGAUGUGGCUUCAAGGCUAUAUCAGGCUCAAGAAGAGCGUAAAGCAGUUGAGGAGCAAGUGGGUUCCGGCAAGUACCCUUUGAGCAUUGCUAGGCAAAAAAGGAGUUCAGGUGCAAGCUCGUCGCUCAUUGCUGGCAAUGCGCAGCGACUUCUCAGGGUGCAACAAGAUCCCAGGCUUUUGGAGAUGCAGGAAGCGCUUUCCUCAGAUCCAAGCUCCGAGUAUCCCAGCGAAACCAAAGCUGUUUGGCUGGUACACUUCCGUCAAGGACUUCGCAAGCUUAUUGACUCCGUGGCCAUGAGCCCCAAUCCUGAUGCAGCCGAAAGGCAACUCGAUGAAGCAUACAGAUGGUACCAAAAGGCAAGAAGACCCGCGCACCACGCACUGACUUCCUGCAACGCAGGACCAGGCUUCCACGAUUUCUGUGCCGACGAGGUGCUUCGGCACCCAGCUCCCCCAGGUUCCGCAUUCUUCGUGCCCGAGGCCCUGGACAGGGAGCGUCCUGGCCGGUCUGCCUCGCAUGACAGCACCAAGUUCGAGGCAGUUUCGGCCUCGCUUCCGACGGUUGCUGGUCGUCACGCUGUCCAGGUGAAGCUGGCGUCGCCGAGGGAGCGCCUCAAGGAAUUCAACACCAGACAGCUGGUUCGACCGCUUACUGCGCGAAAACUAAAGGACUUAGAGCAUCGUGCAGAGGCCGACCAGGACCGGCCCCUCACUCCAUCCACAACUUGUGGAGGCCUCACCGCACGUUCCAUGGUCUCGGCCAGGUCACCGACGCCUGCACACACUGCAGCAUCGCGACCAACAUCUGCCAUGAGCAUUGGUCAAACCACCACGAGCGGACGAGCUGUGACACCACGGAGCUUCGACAGGCGCCGAAGGCCACAGUCUGCGGCGUCCAACACGUCUACAGUAGCUGGGCUGCCGCAAACACUUGAGGAGGAGAUCGCGCUUCAGCUCGACGAUGAUUAUCACACGCUGCCAUAUCCAGCAACCGAAGCCGAGCACAGGAUGGAGAAGCGCUGGCUGUCAAAACGGAACCGUGCUAUCACAGACAAGGUCGUCGGGGAAGAGCAGCGCACUGCUGUUCGUGUCUGGGCAGAGCGACCGGAACUCAGAAAAUUUUGA